AUGUCAUCACUUCUCUAUGUCUUCCUCCUCUUCGCCGCCUUCAUCAGCCACAGUGGAGAAGCCACCGAGCCCGCCGUCGAAGCAGUAAAGGACAUCUACGGAAAACCUCUCCUAGCAGGCAUCAGCUACUACGUCUUGCCUGUAGCUCGCGGCGGCGGCGGACUAACCGUCAUCUUAUCCGAGAACACAACAUGUCCGAGAACCGUAGUCCAAGACCAAUCCGAAGCCUCUCAAGGCUUACCGGUGGAGUUCUCACCAUCAGUAACAUCAAGAACCAUCCCUGUCUCAACCGAUCUAAACUUCCAGUUCUCUGCAUUUACGAUCUGGCGGUUAGACAGUUUCGACACGGAUCAGUACUUCGUUUCAACUUGUGGCGUUGCAGGGAAUCCGGGUCGGACAACGGUUAGUAACUGGUUCAAGAUCGACAAAUUCGAAGGUAAUUACAAGAUCCGGUUUUGUCCUAGCGUUUGCGAUGUCUGCAGAGUCAUGUGCAGAAACAUUGGAGUGUUUGUGAAAGAUGGAAAGAGAAGACUUUCUUUAAGUGAUGUUCCAUUGAUAGUUAAGUUCAAAAAAGCAUAG